UCUUUGAAUCACAUCAACCGCCUCCAUCAACCAACUGACAAGACUACGGUGUCGAUCUUUCGUAUCUUUCAAGCUUCACCUCUGUCCUUCGCGUGAAGCCGAAGGGACCCGGGCACAAAAUAAUCAGGGGUCUGCACUCGUUGGCCUAGAUCAACCGACUGGUGGAGCUAUGACAUCGAAUGUCUGUCCCUCCGAUUAUGACAAUACGGCAGAGCAACAUGUAGAGCGAUCUCUCCCUGAGCCGAUCCAAGGCCUAACACAGCCAGGACCACGGGCAAUUCCAGAAACAAAGCCACCUCCCCGUUACUCAGGAAGAUUGACAGAACCGGAGUUUGCGGGGCUGGUUAUUACUCUACUCACCAUAUUCAUUUUGCUCUCAGUUACCCUCUGCUGUUGCUGCUCCCCUGGCCGGUCUUCCGAAGCUUGGGGGAGAGCAUCACCUGAAUACAUUCUCAGGUCUCGGCGAAGAGGACCAUCCGACAUACGAACGUAUCCAGUUCCUCCUCCCCCAGUCCAUGCUGUUGGUCCUCAUCCAGGAGAUUGGCUCAACGACGAAUAUGAAGAAAGUGCACCUCGCCCGCCGCCGCAUCAGAGAGUUCAGGAUUAGGGUUAGGGUAUGCGCCUUGCAACUACCCAUAGGACCGAAUGCAGGCUGAGAGGGACUUCGGAUACGGGACGCAUACCGAAUGGUGUAUACCACAGGUAUCUGCGGAAGUGAGCGUCAGCAAGGUACCGAGUUCAAUGUUGAACAGUCUGAGCUACACCGAUGAGAAUCUCGACAAGAAGUCACUUGGACGUCCAGGUCGGCAGUGCACCCGACCGGUGGGGUGCACAUGUA